AAUCAUCAAUAAUAUUGGAUCGCCUUGGAAUAAAGAAAGUAAUUUUUCAACGGCAUGCAUAAAAAACCAAACAGUACUUAAAGUAGCCAUAGGUGUUGGUCCUUGUUCCUUAGCUCGAGGCUGAUGCAGUUCUUUGCUUUCGGUGCGAAGUUGCGAUUAGACCGGCCUUUGGCCGUGAUGGAAAGGAAAGGACGUGGGCCAUUAGCACCUGGAGUUUGCAACUUGUGUCAUGAACAUCGAAUGGCGGGCGUCUGCUUUCGAGGUGUUGUCGCUGCAGGUGACCUGGAUGCCGUGGUUGUCACAUUUCGUCCAUUUGAAACCCCAUUUGGACAGCAUCACAUAGUCAAAAUGAUAGUUUGGCCCAACUUGCUUCGAUUACGCCCUUGUUUCAUGCUCGCGUGGAACUUAGGACGGAAGGAUCACGACAAUGCCCGCCACGCGCUUGGCACUGGACAGCGCACCUCCAACAGUGAAAUUUUCACGAGAGCGCAAUGGCUUGAUGCCCAACAGGUUCGCAGCUGUUCGAGCUUCGAUUACAGCGAGUCCCUCGUUUCGACCCAGCGUCCCCACAUAAUGUCUUGCCUCUCGCUGCAAGGCAACGGAGCGCACCAUCAAUCUCUCGUUCAACUUUUGGAAUCCGCAUCCGUCAUUUCAGGUCAGUCUAGCCAGGUAUAGAAGCACGGCGGGGCCAACAAGUGAUCCUUCUUUCGCAUUCUAGGUUGGAAGUAUCAGCCGGGUUUGCAUCCAAGACGCGUAGGGCUGAGCUGAACGAGGUCGCACGGCGCAGACUCGCCUCCAUGAAGGGCGUCAGGAGCGAUGGAAUUGAGUCAGAUGAGGAAUGCACGUUGUCCUCCUGACG